CACCGAUCAACAGAAAGAGCCGAAGAUGUUGGCUCAGUCAUGUGAUCAGCUGUGUCCAAUCACAGCUGCUCACAUGGGACAUGUACACUGAUCAUCAGGGCACUGAUGAUCAGUGUGCCCUGAUGAUUUGUGUAGCCACAGCAGUGCCACCUGUCAGUGUCCAUCGGUGCCAGCUGUCAGUGCUCAUCCAUGCCACCUGCCAGUGCCCAUCAGUGCCACAUCAAUGCUACAUUUCAGUGCCUACCAGUGCACAUCAAUGCCACAUAUCAGUGCCCAUCUGAGCUGCCUUUCAGUGUCACCCAUCAGUGCGAGUCAGU